UUUGUGAAGAUGAAAUAGGCCACAAAGAGUUAACAGUUUUAAGAUAUCAUCCAGCUCCUUUGAUCCUGAUUCCCAAAUUAAAAAUAGUGCAUUAAUUACCUCAAAACUAAAAAGUUUGUUGUAAGCUGAGAAAACAAGCCAAGAUAUUUCUUUCCAAAAAUCCUUUGCUACAUUUAGACAUUGUUAUGCGCCAAAAAACUAAAGAAGAAGAAGAGUUCCUUCUUCCGGGGAAUUCAAUCGUUGCCCGGAAGUAGAGUCGGCGGAAUUCCUCCUCAGAUUGUUAUCGCAGCAGAAUCCAGCGCGAAUGUGGAGGAGCCAGUGUCAGAGCAGCUGAACGCUGUGGCUGUUCGCGGUGUAUUGUCUCGUAUUUAUGGACAUUUAGCAUUCAACGGGUUCCCAUCCUGUGAAUUUUGAUAUUUAAAUCCCUCUGUCGUCGUCGUGUUCAAUAAGCGAACAGAAGGUGGUCGUGAAUGUUGGUAAAUAACUGACAGUAGAUGUUGACAGCUACGGACUUCACAUCCAGACAUGGUGCUUUGACAGAAGUGAUGCUUCGUCGCCAGUAUGGAGUCUUUGAUGUUUUAUUUAGUGCUAUUAGCUCCACUUUCUAUCCAUUGUGCGGUGAAACCAGCAUCUGUUGAAGAAGACCUCAGAAAUCAGGAAGAGGUACAAGAGUUUGAUGCGCUCAGCUCCAUACUGUCAGACUUCGAUGUGGUGCCUGCAUCAGAUCUCCAGCUUCACUCGGUCAGGAAGAGGGACGUUGAUGCCCGAUCACAUGUGGAGCGGCUGGUCAGUUUCACAGCACUCCAGAGGCACUUCAAGCUGUACUUGACAACCAACACAGACCUUUUCACUGACAACUUCAAGGCUGUAUUCUUAGACAAGAAUGGAAAAGAGGACCAAUUUGACAUUCAGUUACAGAACUACUAUAAAGGACACGUAGUGGGAGAGGAGCACUCGCGUGUGCAGGCGCACAUAGACGGGGAGGAGUUUUCAGCCCACAUUCUUACUGAAGAAGCUGAAUAUAAUGUAGAGCCCUUGUGGAGGUUUACAGAGUCGCCAUCUGAUGGCCGUUUGCUGGUGUAUCGUUCAGAGGACAUUAAGAACAUCAGUCAACUGUCCUCACCCAAAGUGUGUGGAUAUGUGAACGCUGAUGCUCAGGAGCUCCUGCCAGAAGAGGCAAGAGCAGCGGGACAGACGGAACAGGAGGAGGAGCCUCACAACAUAGAGAGAAGAUCUGCACACGACCACAAGAAGAACACCUGCCCGCUGCUGCUAGUGGCAGAUCAUCGCUUCUACAAGCACAUGGGCCGUGGAGAGGAGAGCACCACCCUCAACUACUUGAUUGAGCUGAUAGACAGAGUGGAUGAUAUAUACAGAAACACAUCUUGGGAUGAGGAUUUUAAAGGCUACGGUGUGCAGAUUCAGCAGAUAAUCAUAAACAAGGAGCCCACAAAAGUUGCCCAAGGAGAGAUUCAUUACAACAUGGAUGGCAGCCCAUUAGGAAGAAAGGACGGUGUGUGGGAUGUGAAGAAGCUUCUAGAACAAUUCAGUUAUGACAUCGCAGACAACGCCUCUACAGUUUGCCUUGCCCAUCUCUUCACCUAUCAGGACUUCGAUGAUGGCACUCUGGGUCUGGCAUACGUGGCCCCUUCCAAACAGGGAUUGGGAGGACUCUGCCCUAAACCCUACUAUCCAUCACAAACCGUCAGGAAACCUAGCUACCUAAACACAGGCUUGACAAGCACCAUGAAUUAUGGGAAAACUAUUCUGACUAAGGAAGCAGAUCUUGUAACAACUCAUGAGCUCGGGCACAACUUUGGAGCAGAACACGAUCCAGACAACAUACCUGCCUGUGCCCCCAGCGACGACCAGGGUGGCAAAUAUGUCAUGUACCCUAUUGCGGUCAGCGGAGAUCACGUCAACAACAAGCGCUUCUCCAACUGUAGCAAGUUCUCUGUCAGUAGGGCGUUAAAGGUCAAGGCCCAUCAGUGCUUCAAGGAGAGGAGCAGUAAGCUGUGUGGGAACUCCCGUGUGGAGGAGGAUGAAGACUGUGACCCUGGACUCCUUCAUCUCAACGAUGACCCCUGCUGCACAGCUAAGUGCAAAUUCAGGAAGCAGGCACAAUGCAGUGACAGGAACAGCCCCUGCUGCAAGAACUGUAGGUUUGAAAGUGUAGAUAAGAUCUGUCAGGAGACCAUCACCGCCACCUGCAAGGGCAUGUCAAGGUGCACAGGCAACAGCAGUGAGUGCCCCACCCCUGGUAACCUGGAUGAUAAUACAGAGUGUGUGGACAAGGGCCGAUGUCAGAAGGGCGAGUGCAUUCCUUUCUGUGAGGCCCUGCAUGAUCUUGAGUCCUGUGCCUGCAAUGAGACCGAGAACUCUUGUAAAGUGUGCUGUAGAAGCAUGAGUGGGCUGUGCACUCCCUUUGACAGUGAUGGGUCAUAUCUUUACCUGCGCAAGGGCAAACCCUGUACCGUUGGCUUCUGUGACGGGGCAGGUAAAUGCAUGAAGCACGUCCAAGAUGUCAUCGAACGUUUAUGGGACUUCAUUGACAAACUGGACAUCAACACAUUUGGGAAGUUCUUGGCUGACAACAUAGUUGGAUCAGUGGUGGUCUUCUCUCUCGUCUUCUGGAUUCCCCUAAGCAUACUGGUGCACUGUGUGGACAAGAAACUGGAUCAGCAAUAUGAGGAAAGCUCCAAAACCAUGAUGUACCCAAGUCAGAUGGUGGUGGAGGUGUGUAGUAGAGCUCUCAACUCAGAGUGCAGAGAUGAUGAGCGGUCUGGAAUCGGCGCCCAUCCACAUUGUGAAGGCCUCUCAUCCGCGACCUCAGCCCUCACUGGGCCCCACGGGCCCCGGCGUCUCACCGGCACAGGAGACGCUCGCCGGCCCAGACCCUGCCAACCUCUCCGCCGCACCCAAAGCGGAUCCGCUGCGAAUGGCCACAAUCGAGGAGGACCCCAGCGGAGACUCCUCUCACCUGGAAGAGGAGGACGGCUUCCGUCAAAGCGGCACAGCUGCCAGGUCCUUCGAGGACCUCACCGGACAGGCAAUGCCAUCCCACGGGGACAAGAGACGGCUGACGAGACAGGCGCGCAUUGACAUAUGAAAGUUUUGGGAGAAUGGAUUUUUGAUUGGAGAGAAUGCAGGUUUCGAAAAGUCUUGUGGGUUUGGAACGACAAGAGGGUGAGAUUUGGUAAACUAUCCCUUUAACUUGUAUUUAAUAUUAUUUUAAUACAGUCAGUAUGUGUCUUGUAACAUACAUCCAGUAGUGCAAAUUUUUGUAUUUUUAUUCAUGUAUACCUCAUUAAGAACAUGAGCAGCAGGACUAAUGCAUGACUCUAUACUUUUAAUGUUACACUGGUCGACUUGCUGAGAAGAUUCAAGCAAUGCAUGUCCUAUGCCAUACGUUUAUGAAUUAAAUGGCAUAUGUGUUUGGAAACUGUAAGACGAGAUGCAAUUUAUAAUGAGUUUUAUUUGACCUGUUCUUAAGGCUUAAAGAUAGAAAUUGCUCAUAAUUUUUUGCAUCAAGGUUUGUUAAAUUUAAUUUGUACUACUAUAUACUCUAUAGCAUCUCAUGUCAUUUUAACAUAGCAGUAUGAAUAUGUGAAACACUGAUUACAGAGCCGAGGGAUGUGCAUAUUUCAUAGAUUUUCUCUUUUUGCCACUAAAAUGGUUGUAUAGAUAGAUGUGACCAAAAUGAAUCGAUAAUAGUAUUCCCUCACUGUGAAAUAUCUGACUUUAACUAUUACGGUCAAAUUUUAAGAUCUUGUAAAGUUUUAAUGUGCCAUAAGUCAAAUGACUAAAAAUAUAUAUUUUGUAUUGUUUCCUGUAUAUCAAAUCAGAAGUAAUUAAAACAUCUCACUUGGAUGUAGACAGCUGUAUCUGAUCUCAUUCUGCUAUCAUUCAGUGUGUGUUUUUGAUGUCUGGUUAUGUCACAUUUAUUUUACAUGUAUUCUUGGGGUUUGAAGCCACAUGAAUAAACUGUCUCUACACUAGUGCUGUCAAACGAUUAAUCGCAUCCAAAAUAAAAGUUUUUGUUUGC